CUGCGGUUUCAGCCAUGCGCGUCCCGGCCGCCUCCCUGGCCAUCGCACUCCUGGCCAUCGCCAUCGCAACCGCCGCCAUCAGCAUCGUCUCUGCAGAGGUUGCUGCCAACAUGGCAUGCUCAAGCCUGCUCGUGACGGAAAUCCUCUUCCGGCCCGCACAAGUGGCCGCUUCCAUCAAGGACGGGCUCCGUUACAUCAAGCUCACCAACACGGGUGCCACCACGAUCGACCUGCAAGGCCUGACGCUGGCAACAGCCUCCUCAUCAAGUCACACAACAUUGUCGACGUCGCUGCUCCUCCAGAGUGGCGAGUGUGCCAUCCUGGCAAGCUCACUCGCCGCAAACUCGCCCUUCAACAGCUCCGCUCCGGGCCUUGGCAUCAGGGUUGACUGGGCCUGGGACCCGCAAAUUUCAGGUCUGAGUGCAACAGGCGACACAAUCAGCAUUCUCAGCGGACCCUUCACAUGCACGGAAAUCUCAUACUCUGUGACGGCGCCGUGGCCGAACGUUCCGCCUGGCGUGUCCAUCCUGCUGAACGACACCCAGAGUGAUCCAAGUGUCGGAUGGUCCUGGACGACCGCCGACGUCACCGACAUCAUCCCCGGAACAGAUGUGGCCGAUCCACAAUCCGCCAGCUUUGGCCGGCCGUUUUGCGCCUGUUCGUCCUGUUUGGCGUCGUCGUCGUCGUCGUCGUCGUCGUCGUCGUCUGUUUCGUUGCAAGCGUCGUCAUCAACGCCUUCUCCUUCCCCGGCGUCUUGCACAAAUCUUGUUGUUUCGGAAAUCUACAACAACGGCUGGAACCAAAAAGCAGUCUACUUGAAACUCUCCAAUGUCGGGAGCCAACCUAUCGACCUGCAAAGCCUACAAUUCCUGUUCAAAUCAACCCAACUGAUAAUCGGCACUUCGCUCGUUGUGCCUGGGUACGGCUGCAUAUUGCUCGGCUCUCGUGUUGCGGGACAACCAAUCAUCAGCGACUCGAGCAACUCCGGCCUGGGACUUUCUCUCCAUUACACUUGGAAUACUGCACAACCUGUACUCGCGUCAAGUGGUGGUUAUGUUAAAAUCUUCAAGAGCGGCAGCCCCUGCGCGGGCGUCACGUACAAUGCGAGUUAUCCUUGGCCCACGCCCGACCGAGGCCGUGCCAUCCAACUGAACAACUUUGGAGCGCCGGACGCGGGAUUGUCGUGGAGCGUAGCUACUAAUGUCAUUCCCGUGUUGCAACUCCAUCUUUGA